AUGGGAACGGAUCACAGAUCGACUGAUCAGAUUGAUAAGAUUAUGCCGGGGGCCCAGCUGAAGGUCGGCCCUCGCUCCACUUGGCGUGCCGGUCGAGGGAUGAUGCGUUUUCGUGGGCUUGAAAAUUUGCUCAAUGUCGUCGCAGCGGUGGAGAUGGGCCUGCGAGACAAGCGAGACGAUCGGGCACAUUCGGGCUGGCUGACGCUGGUUGGCGCUGGCUCGUCACCUUGUCUGCCCACGGCCAAGAGCGACACCGGACCCGGCGAGAAGCACGCGACGAAACUCGGUGAGCCGGUUUGGCCAGACCCCACGGCGGCCACGAGGCGCCAUUCACCGAGCCGCUUCCGCGCCCCAGCCUCGACAUCCACUUACACGUGCCAGACGCCGGGCCCAAGCAGCAAGGGCCCGCCAGACCUGUGA